AUGGAAACAGGCAGUGAGUGGAGAAAUCUUCCUUCCAGUCCUGGGGAAGAGCAGUUCAAGGAGUUUCAAGUUAUAAUUGGUCAAUGGAAACAGGCAGUGAGUGGAGAAAUCUUCCUUCCAGUCCUGGGGAAGAGCAGUUCAGUGCAAGUUGUACAUGCCAAACAAAGAUGGGUCAACUGGUUCUGCUCCAGUGCAUUGUUCCAGCACCUCACCGCUUUAAUCGAAUGCAGCGUGGCGGCAAUUGUCACGCUGCUCGUAAGCGAUCCUGUGGGCUCCCUGCAAAUACGGUCGUGCAGAGUGAAGAUGCUGUCGGACUGGUACACCAUGCUUUACAACCCCAGCCCCGACUACAUCACCACGAUUCACUGCACCCAUGAAGCUGUCUACCCUCUAUACACCAUCGUGUUCAUCUACUACGCCUUUUGCCUGGUGUUGAUGAUGCUGCUCCGGCCGCUUCUGGUGAAGAAAAUUGCUUGUGGGCUUGGGAAGACAGAUCGAUUUAAGAGCAUCUACGCAGCUCUCUACUUCUUCCCGAUCCUAACAUUGCUUCAGGCAGUUGGAGGAGGCCUGCUGUACUAUGCCUUCCCGUACAUCAUCCUGGUGUUGUCUCUCGUUACCUUGGCUGUGUACAUGUCGGCUUCCGAAGUUGAAACUUUCAAGGAUCUCUUUGUCAGGAAGAAGCGGCUGAUCGUGCUGUUCAGCCACUGGGUGCUUCACGCCUACGGGAUCAUCUCCAUUUCCAAGCUGAAUUACAUUUACCAGGAUUUGCCUCUGCUUGCCCUGGUGCCCGCACCGGCUCUUUUUUACUUGCUUACUGCCAAGUACACUGAGCCUUCCCGGAUACUCUCUGAAGGAGCCAAUGGACACUGACCUUAACGGACGCCAAAAAAAUGCAGGUAACAGACUCUAUGAUCUUUGGAGCCGCUCGAGUUCGUCUGACCUUCUCAUCUUAGAGGAGUCGUUGGUUCUCUCUGGAAUGCCUCCCACAUAAAAGCUCUCUGGGUCCAUCCAGACUUCCAAGUGGGCUCUUCCCUCUACGAGCUACAGCUGGACAAUCCAUUACCUGGAACGUCUCGACAGAAGGAUCCAAAGGUCCUGUUGACUCCAGCGGCAAAGGAUCAAGACCCAUCCUUAAACAGACAUUUGUGCAUGACGUGUGAAUGCGACACAUUUUGUGUGAGGUACUUGGCGACACAGUCUGAAUGCUUAUUUAUUUCACGGUGCAGUAUUGCGAUCUCAUCUUUAUGAAAAACAGUAAAAUAAAACUUCUGUAGUGUAAUGACA